AUGGCUACGGUACCAAAGCCGGGGCCGGCAAACCUCCGGCCAGGCGCCGGCCUAGACGAGUGGCUCGAGGAGGCCAAGCAGUGCCACUAUCUGCCGGAACAUGUCAUGAAGCAGCUCUGCGAAAUGGUCAAGGAGGUGUUGAUGGAGGAGUCCAACAUUCAGCCCGUCGUUACCCCCGUCACAAUAUGUGGCGAUAUCCACGGCCAAUUCUACGACCUACUCGAGCUGUUCCGUGUCGCCGGCGGCAUGCCCGGCGACUCCAAUGUCCAGGCGCCCAUGACGAGCACGACAGUAAUUACGUCCGACGAGAUUGAGCCGCCGUCAGAGAUCACAAAUUUAAAACUCAAAAUGAAGGUUAUAAGGUCCGGGACAACAGCAGAAGGCGGGUCAGGGGAUCACAACGACGACACGUUUCAGGAGGAAACCACGCACACUGCGCCGCCCGCCGACUCAGGCGCGCAGUCGGUCGACACCCGCUUUGUCUUCCUCGGCGAUUUUGUUGACCGGGGUUACUUCAGCUUAGAGACGUUCACACUUCUAAUGUGUCUAAAAGCAAAAUAUCCCGACAGGAUAGUCCUUGUCCGCGGCAACCACGAGUCGCGCCAAAUCACCCAAGUCUACGGCUUUUACGAAGAAUGCCAGCAGAAAUAUGGCAAUGCCUCAGUCUGGAAGGCAUGCUGCCAAGUUUUUGACUUCCUCGUGCUCGCGGCCAUCGUGGACGGCACCGUCCUCUGUGUGCACGGCGGGCUGAGCCCCGAGAUCCGCACCAUUGACCAGAUCCGCGUCGUUGCGCGAGCGCAGGAGAUUCCGCACGAGGGCGCCUUUUGCGAUCUCGUGUGGAGCGACCCAGAGGAGAUCGAGACAUGGGCCAUCAGCCCGCGCGGCGCCGGGUGGCUGUUCGGGCACAAGGUUGCCACCGAGUUCAACCACGUCAACGGGCUGCAAACUAUCGCGCGCGCCCAUCAGCUAGUCAACGAAGGGUACAAGUUCCACUUCCCAUCCAAAUCCGUCGUCACCGUCUGGUCGGCGCCCAACUACUGCUACCGCUGCGGCAACGUGGCUUCCAUCAUGACCGUCUCCAACACGGGCGGCGGCGGCGGCAAGAGCAACAGCCUGGACACCAAGUUCUCCAUCUUCUCGGCCGUCCCCGACGACCAGCGCCACAUACCCGGCGGCCGCCGUGGCGCCGGCGACUAUUUCCUCUAG